AUGAGCUGGAUGUUUUCUGGCGAAAGUGUCCAAAAACCAUGCAUCGGCGGUGCCUUAUUUUCUCCUAGAUUCUGUUUGUUUAUGAAAAGGGUGUUUGAAGGGGAGCAGGUCAGAACUGAUGUUAAUGACUUUGAUUUCCUGGAGAUAAAACGGAAUACAUCCUACUUCCUGCUCCGCACACCAUGUUUUGUUGUGCCUAGCCUGACAACAGCUUCGCAGGCGAUGGCCACACCGAAUCAGUGUGCCAAAGCUGCUGUCGACGAGGAUGCGAGCAGCUCGAGAUACAUGGUUGUAAACUACUACAAAGUUGUGUCGUGCGAAAGAAAUGGGCUGCUGGUGUACGAUGAGUUUGAGGGCUUUAACGGCAUGGAUGUAAGAUGCGUCCGAAGCUGUCUGUACGAUGUUGAGGUGCCUGUUGAGCACCAGGAGUUUUACAGGCAUGGGGUCAAGUGCCUGGCACUGAAUGCGAGGGUGCCCGGAGAGUAUGAGGUGUCCAUGGAGAAUGGAACACUGGUCAGAGACGGUAUGUUCUACAAGGUUUUUGGCGAUGGGCGCUACAUUUUCCGGAAUGAUAGGAUUCUGUACAAGUUUCACUGA